AUGCACCACAAGAGGUUCGGAGGGUGUGACGCGAUGCGAGUGAUGGGUGAGGCGAGGUUGGAGAGGCGAUCAGGUAUAAACGGAGACGAGAGCAGCAGCGAUGAGCAGCAGAGUCCAUCGCAGCCGCUCCCCUUCAAACGGCGAAGCUUUGAAGCCGAGCUUCCAAACGAAGCUCCUCUCCUUUCGCUCUCCCACCGUCAGCGCGCUUGUAGCACGUCACUCCACUGCCCUCUCCCCUCGCUCUCCGUGAUCGUACGUGCAUGCUGCGCGGCUGAUGGGGACUCCACAGAGGAUGCGGAAUAUGGGGAGUGCGACGGUCGUGAUUCGCGUCUUCCUCGUCGCGCUCUUCACCGCGAUCCAUUAGCCAACACGAGCACCAACGAAGCAACAGAAGCGGCCAGCAAUGUCUUGCCUGACAGCAACAAGCAGGCAGCACACGCGGCCAGCAAUAUCAUAUCUGAGAAAGCAACGGAGGCGGGCGGCGAGGCAGUGAAGGAGGCGGGCGGCGAGGCAGUGAAGGAGGCGGGCGGCGAGGCAGUUAAGGAGGCGGGCGGCGAGGCAGUGAAGGAGGCGGGCGGCGAGGCAGUUAAGGAGGCGGGCGGUGAGGCAGUGAAGGAGGCGGGCGGCGAGGCAGUGAAGGAGGCGGGCGGCGAGGCAGUGAAGGAGGCGGGCGGCGAGGCAGUGAAGGAGGCGGGCGGCGAGGCAGUGAAGGAGGCGGGCGGCGAGGCAGUGAAGGAGGCGGGCGGCGAGGCAGUGAAGGAGACGGGCGGUGAGGCAGUGAAGGAGGCGGGCGGCGAGGCAGUGAAGGAGGCGGGCGGCGAGGCAGUGAAGGAGGCGGGCGGCGAGGCAGUGAAGGAGGCGGGCGGCGAGGCAGUGAAGGAGGCGGGCGGCGAGGCAGUGAAGGAGGCGGGCGGCGAGGCAGUGAAGGAGGCGGGCGGCGAGGCAGUGAAGGAGGCGGGCGGGGAGGCUGCGAAGGAGGCGGACGGCGAUUCAGUGAAGGAGGCGGGCGGCGAGGCAGUGAAGGAGGCGGGCGGCGAGGCAGUGAAGGAGGCGGGCGGCGAGGCAGUGAAGGAGGCGGGCAGCGAGUCAGUGAAGGAGGCGGGCGGCAAGGCAGUGAAGGAGGUGGGCGGCGAGGCAGUGAAGGAGGCGGGCGGGGAGGCUGCGAAGGAGGCGGGGAACAAGGGAGGCAACACCCCUGACAAAGACAGCACCCCUGGCGAAGAUAACACCCCUGGUGAGGAGAACACCGUCGGCGAAGACAGCACCGAUGGCAAAGGCAGCAUCCCAGGCAAAGGCAACACCCGUGGCAAAGGAGGCACCCCAGGCAAAGGCAACACCCGUGGCAAAGGAGGCACUCCAGGCAAAGGCAACACCCGUGGCAAAGGCAACACCCCAGGCAAAGGCAGCACCCGUGGCAAAGGCAGCACCCGUGGCAAAGGCAAUACCCGUGGCAAAGGCAAUACCCGUGGCAAUGUCAGCACCCCUGGCAAAGGCAACACCCGUGGCAAAGGCAGCACUCGUGGCACCCGAGUGGCGGUGGUGGGUACGAGGAUGAAGGUCAAAGGCGAUUGCCUCAUCAGUGAAGUCUGCUCGCUGUGCCACUGGUGCGUACGCUGCUUCUCUCUCCAUUUCACUCCCGCUCCUUCUCUUUACACUCUUCUGAAUUCCUCUCCAGUAACAGUGCUGCUUGUCUUUUCUCUUUAG